AUGGAAGCGUCUCUCAAUAACUUGAAGAAAGUAAUAUCAAAAUCAAGAAUCAAGGAUAAACGGAAGCAUGUCGAAGUAAUUCAGCAGGUUUCCUCGUUGCUUGUAGCCAAUACCGCUGACGACACUCAGAAGAAACUGAUUAAGCAUCUUCGCCAACCCCUCGUCCCAAUAUUCUCGGCAUAUCCUUUACCUGCGCUGCAGUUCGCCUCAGCCCUGUUCCAUCACAUAUACCAUGAGAAAGUCUUGACGGCGCUCGGGAAUCAACUGUUGGAGGAGAAGCGACGAUGGGAAGAUGUACUGACUAGCUUGUUGUCUGGCAUCCUGGUGAGUCUAGGGUCACGGAACAGAAGUAUUUCGGCCAAGGAUACCAUUGCUGACGCCCUCUAUCCAACGCUCUGCGACAUAUGCUUUUCGCUUACCGCACCCAUGCAGUCAGUUGACCUACGGUGCACGGUGCGUACCAUGACUGCAUAUAUGCGCCUCAUCUGCGCUUGCAGAAGUAUACUGACACUUUCAAAGGCAUACACGCUACUUUCUGACUCUGCUGCCUCAUACGCCACGAAUCAACUGAAACUUCGCGACAAGGCGGUGCUUGGGGGGUGA